AUGGAAAAUACACAUGCAAAAGAAGAAGACACGAGUCUUACACUGAAUGAUAUUCAGAAAGAAGUUGAGAAUGAAGUUUGCUAUCAUGGAUUGCUGCCUCGGGAAGAUCUUCCAUGUUUGCUAGGACGGACAGGAGAUUUCUUAGUUCGAAUUACUCAGCCAAAGCCAUCUGGUCAACGUGAACUUGUUUUAUCUGUACGUGUAAGUGACGACGAUUCACCACAUGCAAUCAGACACGUAGUAAUACGUAGACGUAAAAAAGAUCGUAAAACUAUUGAAUGGCUUGCAAGCGAAGGAAACAAAUUUAAUUCUGUAAAGGAACUUAUUGACACAUACCUUACAACAAAGAAGCCAAUAAAUCCAGAAAUAAAAACAUCGCAAUUAAUCCAUGCCAUACCACGACAGUCAUGGGAAUUUUUGCAUAAAGAUGUGGUAUUGAAAGAUUUAAUCGGAGAAGGUCAAUUUGGAGAAGUUCGAGAAGCUGAAGUACCCAUUGAUGGCAAAAAAAGACUCGUAGCUGUUAAACUUACCAAACAAGUGAAAGAUAAGAAUCAAUUACAACAAGCGAAGAUGAAGGUUAAGGAAAUGAUGCACGAGGCAAGAUUGAUGCGUUACUUUCAUCACGUGAAUGUCGUGAAAAUUCAUGGUGUUGCUGUGUGUCGUGAACCAUUAAUGAUUAUUAUUGAAAUGGUAAAUGGAGGUUGUUUGGCAGAUGUUUUGGAAUACAGAAAAGGUAAAGUGGAUGAAAUUGAAAAAAUUGAAAAUAUGUCACUUGGAUCAGCUCGCGGAUUGGAAUAUAUUCAUGCGCAAAAAGUAAUUCAUCGAGAUAUUGCCGCUCGAAAUGUACUUUACACGCUUGAAAAAGUAGCAAAAAUUACGGAUUUUGGCAUGUCAAGACAAGGAGAUUUUUAUGAGAUGGCUCGAGGUAACAAAAAAGUACCACUGAAAUGGACUGCACCAGAAAGUAUGGUGACAUAUCAAUAUACCCCAAAGACCGAUGUGUUUUCAUUUAGUAUUUUAUUGUGGGAAAUUUUCUCAGAUGGAGAAGAACCAUAUAAAGGAAUGACAAGUAUUGAAGUCAAACGAAUGAUUUCAUGUGGGGAACGAUUGAGGAAACCAGAAGGCUGUCCGGAUUUCAUAUUUCAAAUAAUGAUCAAAUGCUGGGAACAAAAUCCAGAUAGACGUUAUAAUAUGUCAAAAGUCAAAUGCUUUUAUUUUGAAAAAGACAUUUAA